UUAUAUAGGUAAUGACAGGUCGACACAUCGUUAACGGAAUGAAUAUAUUAUUGAUUAUUAUGUUUGUGAAUUUGGCCAUUUAGGAUUAGAAUACACCGUCUGGUUGAAGUUCUCACCGAUUGUCGAUUGAGUGUCACUUAUGGAACGACUGUACACCAUAUUUGUAAUUACAAACCGAUGCUUGUAGACUUGUUGCUUUUGAAAAACUUACGAGUUAACCAAUUAAAGAGUCGAGUGUAGUGAUUAUAUUAUAAACGCGCCACGGUGUCGGCGAAAUUGCCAUCAUAAUUGAUCGUCUCAUCACUCACUAGUUCGGAGCGAAAAUUAACGAAAACAAUUGUUAGUUAUAAUUUUAAAUACUAAAAGAGACCGCACUCCGUAUGGUAUUAGCUUGGAAACAACAUGUUGAGACGGAAACGAAUCGAAUAGGAUACCUAUAAUGUUUUAACAGAUUCCCAGCGUUCGUACGUAUAUUUUCUAAUUCUCAUGUUUUAGAAUCACACGUUCGAAUAUUCGAGUUGAACUUUCUGACGUUUAUCAAUGAAUUUUUAUCGUAAUUACUUAAAAGUUAAAAAAAUUGUUUUAAAAUUACAACGACAAUAGCAAUCCAUCACGUCGUAGUCUUUAUACCUAGUUACCUAUGUUCGACCUGUAAAUUGUAAUUAUGGUCUUGUUGUCGGGCCGAUGCGUCUACCCAUAAUACCGCGAAUAAAAAUGAUAAAAUACGUUUCGGUUCCGAUUAAAAGUUUCGAAUCUGUUCAGUUACUUGCGUAAACCUUCAAUACUUACCCGCAGGACUGUACACACGUACCUACAUAUCCAUCGGGCAUAGAUACGCGUUAGGUUAGGUACGCAAAGUCGGCGAGACUCGCGGGUGCGCGCUACUAUACUGCAGUAUACCAGCCAUGGCGACGACGACCGCGAUACGGGGCGGCGCGCUGAUGUGGCCGACCGCGUGUUUCUGGAACGUGUGCGGCGUGUUCACCGUGGACAUGACGUACAACCGGUUCGAACGGUGGUUCUCGGCGUGGGUGCUGGCGUCUGGCGUGAUGAACAUGGUCAUCACGCCGUGGAGCGUGUGCGUGCUGGACGGCUGGUGCGACGACCACUUGUCCACCACGUACCGGCGGCUGUACACCAGGCUGGUGGCGUUCACUUGUCUGGUGUCCCGGGCGACCAUCGUGUACAAGGCGUACAGACACUUGGCCGGUUUCAAGGGCCAGGAGUACGAGUACGAACGCCGCUGGCCCAUUUCUGGGUCGCACAGACAUCAGUACCGGCUUUACGCGUCGUACGUGGUUGUCGGGUACCUGGCCAUCGUCUUGCCCGUCAAUCUGUUGCGGCUGUACCUGCUGUACAGGUACGAGGAGUUUGGUGACUCGAAACUUCUACUAUUCUUCUUCAACAUGUACUCGCAGAACUGGAGCAUGUGCUGCAUGGAGACGCACUUUGCCAUCCUGUGCUUCGGCGUUUACCUAAAGUUCCGAGCCAUUAACGACGAGCUGUCGGCUGUCCGGUCGGACGUCAUGGUCAGCAACAGGUAUCCGAUGGCGCUCCGGUCGUCGUCGUCAACGGCAUCCGCGGUCACGUCCGUAUUGCAAGACCCGCGUGGCCGGCCGAUGGAGACGGCUGUCGAGGAACUCAGGGUCAGGCACAGGCUGACGCGCGAAUCGAUCGAACAGCUCAACAACAUGUUCGGCGGCCAACUGGCUCUGUCACUCAUCACCCUGUGCGUGAUGAUGCUGUUUGACAUCUACAACGAAGCUUUUCGCGUGGGAACCACGGUUUCUAGGUCGAAGUUCAUCUUCGGCUGGAUUCUCCAGUAUCUGUUCCGGUUUUUCGUGAUCGUUAUUACGGCACACAGCACGACCCAAGAGGGUUAUAAAACUAAAGUGCUUGUAACAGAAAUAAAUAAUCGGCAUUUAAACAACAGUACGAAACACGAGUUGCAAUUGUUUUUGAAACAAAUGAAUCACCAAUCUAUUGAUAUAACUGCGUGUGACUGUUUCACAUUAAACGGCCAUCUCAUCGCUUCGGCCAUUGCUGUCGGUACCACAUAUCUCUUCGUUUUAAUACAAUUUCACUCAGAAAUUAUGCAAUUUACGGAAACCCAAAAAUCGUAAAUAUUUUUAGAAAACGGAUUAGUAAGAUAAUAUUUCAUAUUUACGUUAGAGUUAGACACGUUCUUAAAUACAGUAGCGUAUUUAUGAGGGGGGAGGAUGCUGGAGGUUUCCACCCUCCCCCA